UUUUGCGCAGUAUUUUACUUUAGAAUCAUUGACAUCUUACACAGAAGCACUAGAAUAGUGUUCUUACACGUUGAAUUGUGUAGAUGGUGUAUUCUCUGAGGAGAAAAUGUGGCAAACUCUGAUUAAAAGCUCAUUAAAAAACACUGCAGCUCCAUUAGAUUCGCUUUAAACGUAGCCUGGUGUUAAACUUCGGGCUGGAAAAGUGUGUGUGUGUGUGUGUGUGUGUGUGUGUGUGUGACACACCCGUGUGUGCUGUGCGAUCACGGUGGUGUGGAAGUGUACAGCCUGUAUAGAUGAUUUAUUUCCGCCAUCGUUCAUUCUGCUGUGCUGCUCGGACAGGUGUUCCGGUUACAGUCUUAGAUUAUGUCGAGCAUCCGCUGUGCCAACAUAGCACUUCCACUACCUAAUAUAUUCAUGGGAGAAGAAAAGUGAACAGUCACAGGGCAUUGACUCCAGGUCAAGGUGGAAAUGAUGCACGCAGACCAAGAACAAGCGAGUACUACAGAUCAGCCCUCAGAAGAUGACAUGGCAGAGGGAGAUCUCGGGGACGGCACCCGGUCUGUAGCUGGGAUCCGUAAGUCACGGAGCAGGAGCAAAGCGGACUUUUUAGACCAGAUGAAAUGGGGCAGUGAGGGCACUGGUAGAUCUUUCUCCUGGACAUCAUGCAGUGCGAUGUACACCGCUUUCAGAAAGGAGCUGGAGGCAGAGAGGAUCUCUCAGUGGAGGAUCAGAGACUCAGAGAGCAGUGCCGGCGAGUCCAGUGAGGAGUUGCAGAAGAGACUGCAGGAAGUCACGGAGGAAGUGGAGCUUUUGAGGUCAGAACUGGAAGUGACACAUCGACAUCUUGAAGGCAAACAUGAAGCUCUGAGAAUCCUGCAAGGCCAAGCCAUAUUAGAUAAAGCCACCAGUCACACCAAGCUCUUACUGCAGAAGAGUGAAGAGCGGAACAAAGCUUUGGAAAAGGAAGUGAACGCUUUGCAGUGGGAGAUCACCUUCAACCAGGUGCAGUUUAAGAACCUGGAGCACGCGUGGGAGCUGAAAUACGACAGGGUGUGUGCAGAGAACCAGGUUCUGAGCAAAGCACUUGAUGAGAGACUGGGACGGUUUCAGGAUCUGCACAGAGAGAACACAUCAUUGAGUCAGCAGUGUCUGGAGCUCCUGGGCUUACUGAGCGCUCAGGAGAGAAGAGACUUCCAGAAGACCCAACCACCAUGCAGCCAAAACAGAGAGGGAUCUGCACUGGAGCUGGCUGUGUAUGGGGCGUGUAAGUGCAGCUCCAGCACAGGAGAGCCGUGUUCCUGUGCGAAGAGUGCAGCUGCAAGCCGUAAACAAGUCCUUCAGCUUCAACAAGAGCUGGAACUGCAAAGGGGGAUGAAGGACGAAGCGUACGUGAUGGUGGAUGCGUUCCGGAUUGCAUUUGAGCAGCAGCUGAGGAGAGGGAGCGAGAAAGUGCUGCAGCUGGCAGAAAGCGACACACACACACCAGAGAGAGGGAAGCAGCGCUCGGCUGGAGUGACUCAGGCGCUGAAGAGAUUCCUGCCAUCGCUCAGAGAAGGAAAAGUCCCGAGCAACCUGAAAGAAACCCUGAAGCUGCUACUUGAUCUGCUGAGUGAUAAAGAGGAGGCCUUGGCCCAUCAGAGGAAGGUCAGCUACAUGUUAGCGCGGAGCUACGAGGACCUGGAGAAACGUCUUCAGGCACAGCUCAAGGAGCUGGACAUCUCACACAACGGGGCUGAAUCUAAACCAGAAUCGGACCGAUCCAAAUGCGCAGCUGAUCAUUCGUCGUGCCCAUGUGAUAAUAUACCGGUGGUCAUGGACGAGCGUGAAGACAAGACAAGAAUGGCGGGUUCACAAAAUAGGGCGAGCGAUAAACAGGAGGAGUAAAGAAACCUCAAGACUUUCAUUUGCUAAAUGUAAUCAAAUACCCCAUCCUUUCUCCUCCAAGGAUUAAUAAUAUAUCUUUUUAUCUGGGAAAUGAGUGUGAAUCAGCAUUUGUUUCACUGUCGUCAAAGCGUAACGAACAUUCUGAAUGUUGAAAUGUAAUAAGACAACCACACGACUGAUAUUAGAGUUAUUAUGUCAUAAACGGCUAGUAUUGUUUACGAGGCAUUGUAUAUGUUUUUGAUAUGUUUUGUUUUGCACAUCUUUUCCAUCUUUAUUUCGAUUCUGCUAUCUAGCUCUGAUCGUAUCUAAACAUAUUCUGAUCCAGUUAAAUAGCCUGCUGACAGGGGGUGGAAAAGUGCUGAGAAAUUACACUUGAAGGUGCAAACCUUACUAAAUUUAAGGAUCCUGCCAAAAAUAUCUUUUGAAACUACGACGUUUAAACGUAAUCAAGUAUUAAUAAGUAAAAUGUAAAUGUCUUUAAGAGACGAUUGUAAACUUUAAACUAAAUGUUAAUCAAGUGCAAAUAAAAAGUGACCAUUCUGUGGAUGAACAGUCAAGUGCUAGAUGAGAAGAAGAGACCUUUGAUCAUUUUGGAGUUCUCUGAAGGUCUAAAUAAUGUAAAGAAUAAAUUUUUUUUUGUUUUUUCACUUGGAAGUAUAAACAGGUAAAGUAUAAAUAACCCCAAAUAAUACUUAACUAUAGUGAGGAAGUAGACUUACUCAAGUGUAAUUCCACUCUCAUUGGCUGAACCAUGAACCACAGGAUUUAAAAGCUCUCUGUAUGUCUUUUUUUUAUGACUAUAUGUACUUUGAAACACGAAAUAAACUUUUUAAACUUUUUAAAA